AUGAUUUCAACUGUAAAUAUAAUACAGCUUGCUUAUAUUAUUCCAUCUUAUUUUUUAUUACUUAUUUUUGUGAUUAUUUUAACAAGAGAAAUUUUAAUUAAUAAAAAUCCUGUUUAUAAUAAUCAAUUUUACCCUUUUUUAUUGUAUAAAGCAUAUGCUGAUCUUUUAAUUGUGCUUUCAACACUUGUUUGUUCAAGAGCUGCUAAAAUGAACAUAUUUGGUACAUUUUUUGAAAACAAUAAUAUUCUUGCUGCAUCUUAUUAUUUAACAGUAGCAAUAUGUUAUACGAUUAUAUAUACAAUAUCAUUAAUUACAAGUUUUAAUAGAUUUUUAGCAUUGUCAUAUCCAUUUCUUAUAAAUUAUUGGUUUUCAGAGACAAAAAUGAAAAUGUAUAUAAUUGUACCUUUAAUAAUUGGAAUAAUUUAUGGAAUUGUAACAAUUUGUCUAAAACCGUCGUACAUUUAUUUAAAAACAAUUUCAGGAUAUAUAAUUACUUUUGAAAAUUACAAUGCACCUUAUAUAGUUAUGUUUUAUACAUUUGUCUAUAUUAUUCCUAUAGCUAUUAGUUCAAUUUUAAUGAAUAUUAUUACAAUAUAUAAAUUAACAAAAUUUUUAAAAAAAAAUAAAGAAAAAUCUUCACAAGACAUUCAAUUAGUUGUUUAUAGUAUUUUAGAUUUUUUUUGUUUUAUUCUUUUUGUAAUAUACAAUUUAACAAGAAUAAUUAAUUUUUUGUAUAUUAAAAGUGAAAAAAUUGAAGGACUUGCAGCAUCUUCAAUUAAUUGGAUUCUUGACUUACAUUCAUUUGGACUAUUUUAUGCAGGUUUAAUUUUAAGGUAA